AUGACACAGUCUCGUAAGAUUACCAAGCAGUAUAGGGGAAUCGGGUGCGGAACCUUUGGUGUUGUCUUCGCGAUGGAAGGGGACGACAUGGCGGUAAAGAAGACGUUUAAAUCUAGAGACACCUUGACCGCCGAGUUUGAGUGCGGCGUGGCCUUUCACUUCGCUACAACCGUCACCAAGCCCGUGCUUGGUCUUGAGUUCCCCGAAAAAGUGCCUCGCGUUCCCUGGUACCAGUCCACCCAUGCCAUGCAGAGUAUGCCAGCUCAAGACCCCUGGUGGGUGGCUAACCGGCAUCGACUGCCGAGUACCAACGGAGACAGCGUGCCAAAUGGCGUCUUCCUAUUCCAGCGGAUCCCCCCAGUGCCUCCUAGACUACAGGAAUCCAUCGUCUGCCAAUUCUGGAAGACGGUCGAGGCGCAGGAUGUCGCCCUCAAGGACGACGAAAAUAAGGACUGCAUGAUCCGACCCUAUCUCCAGGAACGCUGGGUUGAUAUGACCGACGUUGAGUUCGUUAUCGCCGGUCGCCAGGGGGACCAUGAUAACGGGUCGUGCGCUGGCCUUCCGGAAGGCACGCAGCUAUGGCUGGUCGACUUUGACAAGUGUAAUCGCGUGCGUAUAUGGGACGACACUCUAAGUAGGGAUAUCCGCGAGCUUGCCCUCGGCAUCUGCGCCAACGACGCCUACUACCCAACCCCGCUCCUAGACACGCGUUUCGGCUGGGACGUCUACAUUGCUUUCGCAGACGCCUAUAUCCGCGCCGGCCGCUGUCUCCUACGGCAUGCCUUUGAAAAGGUGGCCACCACCGACGAGCAGCUGGAAAUGGUGCUACAGCGGCCCGCUAUGGUUAUGAAGAAAUGGACAAAGAUCUUUAUAGACUCCAAGAAAAAUAACGAAAGGGAACUUUUCGAUACUAGGACUAGGAUCCGCAAGGAGAAGGGCUGGGAGAUGCCCGCUUGGUGUACUAAUAAGAUGGGGAUGGCUGUGUAA